AUAAAGUUCUUCGGUUUCCGCACUAUAAAACUGACUAGAGGCCCCUCCAAAAGUUCAACCAACCAAUCGUUCUACAGAUUCCCAAACCUAAAUCAUCAAUUCGCCUCUUUUUGCGCCUGUUCUUCCGAUUAAUUUCUCAUGGAUUCCUCACCACUGAUGUUGAAUGGCAAUGGUGGGGUCUCUGACAAGAUCAUCAUCGAUACCGAUCCAGGCAUUGAUGAUAGCAUGGCACUUAUGAUGGCUUUUGAAACACCAAAUUUGGAGAUUGUUGGAUUGACAACCACUUUUGGUAAUGUCUCUACAAAAGAUGCUACUCGCAAUGCCUUGAUUCUGUGUGAGCUUGCAGGACAUCCAGGUGUCCCUGUUGCUGAAGGUAACCCUGGACCUCUAAAGGGUGGAGAGCCUCAGAUUAAUGACUUUGUGCAUGGAUUAGAUGGAUUAGGCAACAUAAAUCUACCUGAUCCUAAAUCAAAGAAAGUAGAGCUUUCAGCAUCUGAAUUUUUAGUUGAUAAAGUUUCUCAAUACCCUGGUGAAAUAUCUAUACUUGCACUUGGCCCCCUCACAAAUUUGGCUAUGGCCAUUAAGAGGGACUCAUCAUUUGUAACAAAGGUGAAAAAAAUGGUUAUACUUGGUGGAUCUUUCUUUGCACUUGGGAACAUUAAUCCGGCUGCUGAAGCAAACAUUUAUGGCGACCCUGAAGCAGCGGAUAUUGUCUUCACUUCGGGUGGAAAUAUAGUCGUAGUUGGCAUAAACAUCACCACACAAGUCAAACUAACAGACCAUGAUCUCGAUGAACUGAGGCGGUGUGGAGGGAAGCAUGCUCAGUUUCUAAGCGAUAUUUGUAAAUUUUACCGCGAUUGGCAUGUGAAAUCGGAUGGCGUUUAUGGGAUAUUCCUUCAUGACCCAGUGAGCUUCGUGGCACUAAUUAGGCCGGAUCUUUUUACGUACAAGAAAGGUGUUGUUAGAGUGGAGACGCAAGGCCUUUGUGUUGGCCAUACUCUAAUGGACCAAGGAUUGAAAAAAUGGAAUACGGAAAAUCCAUGGACUAGUUAUUCACCGAUUUCAGUUGUGUGGACGGUCAACGUUGACCAGGUUCUUAGCUACAUUAAAAAAGCUUUAAUGACACCGUAAUUAAUUAUGUUGGCAUCAUGGAAAUAGUUUAAUUGUUAUUUGGAAUAUAAUUUGGGUAUUAAGGCUAUUAUUAUGGUAAAUGUAUUGUAGUUUAUUCGAAACAACAUCUACGUAUUUACUAAUUUGGCUUGAUUGUAAACUAUCUUUAUUUUAUAUAAAUUUCACGAGUUUAGUAUUA